AUGGCCCUCUGGGCUGUGGGGCUGGCCCUUCUCUGCCUCUUGGCCUGGUGGUGCUGGGGGCACAAGGCAGCUCUUGGCAGAUUAACCGGUGGCAGAAGGCAGCAGCGACAACCAGGACCCGCAGGGGAGGGACAUGGGGAUGGGGUUACUUUCGCAGAGGAAAGGGGAACCCCAGUGGGGGACUGCUGGCUGAUCUGCAAGCCCUCUGCUUUGGCUCAAGCCUUGCUGAAGAGCUUCUGCAGAUCCGCGGAGCUGGAGGCCAAGCGAUGGUCCUGGAAGAGUUGGCCAAACCUACAGACCGUCAUGCAGCUCCUGUGGCCACCAGGUCACCCACUGGAGUUUGCUAGAGACCAUCUCCAACUGGCAGACAAGGGCCUUGUCGCCUUGGAUUGGGUAGUCGGGCCCUCGGACAGAGGCCGGAAGGCCACCGACGCAGCAGAGUCCUUGGUGCUCCUGGUUGUGCCCAACGCCACCGGCAGGAUCACCAGGAACAUCCAGCAACUGUGCCGGCAGGCCCUUCAGCAAGGCUACUACCCGGUAAUUUUCAAUCGGCGGGGGCACAAUGGCUGCCCGCUCACCAGCCCAAAGCUGCAGCCCUUUGGCGACCCAGCAGACCUGAAAGAGGCAGUGGCAUACAUCCGGUUCAGACAUCCAACCUCAACUCUCUUUGCCGUGAGUGAAGGCUCCGGAUCGGGGUUAUUGCUCUCCUACCUGGGCGAAUGCGGGUCGUCCAGCUACCUCGGUGGUGCCACCUGCAUCUCACCCUUGCUGAAGGUCCAGGACUGGUUUGAGAUCGGCAUCCCCUGGCUCUAUGAAUGGAGCCUGCUUCUGUUCCAGAAGAGGAGCAUCAGCAGGUACGCCAAGGCCCUGAAGGAAGUUGUGGAGAUGGACAGGGUGCUCGAAAGCCGCUCCUUGCAGGCCUUCGAAGAAGCUCUCUUCUGCCACCACAAGAGCCAGGGGUCAAGCUGGGUGGCCUACUGGGACGCCAAUGAGCCCUUGCGGGACGUGGACGAGGUGGCCGUGCCGGUCUUAUGCCUCUGCAGCGCUGACGACCCCAUCCGGGGGGCUCCUGAUGCCACCCUCCCUUGGGAGCUUUUCCAGAGCAACCCCUUUCUCUUCUUGCUGCUGAGUCCGCACGGGGGACACUGCGGAUUCCUUGGAAGGGAGUCGGACUCCUGGGGCAAUGCAGUGAUCCUGGAGUACCUACGGACCUUGGUGGAGUUUUUCCGAGGGGAGAAGCGGAUGAAAGAAAGGCCACACUGCGGGAUGACCACCGCGCACCAUCGCUGCCGACGGGGCACUCCACAGAGCAGAGAAGCGCUGCUGCCCACCAGCAAUCCCUUCAGCUGGCAAAGGUCAUACACCCACUAA